CCUGCCUGUCCUAAAUAUUAGUCUUGGUGUGACCAGCGUACAGUGCUGAUAUGGUUACAGGUCACAGUAUGUAUAUAAGAACGACCAGCAAACCAGUGUCAAAUCUCCAGCAAGCAUCUUCCCAACAGAACCUCUGCAUUCUCUCCGUGAAGAUGUUGGCAGCGUUGGUUCUGGUUUUGCUGGUGUUCAGUGUGACUGAGGGACGGAUCCUGAGUAAAUGUGAGCUGAAGGAGCAGCUGGAAGCAUCUCAGAUUCAGGUGAUUAGAUCCAUUGGAGACAAAAUGACCAAGGACAAACACAUUGCUAGACUUGUUUGUAAUGUGGAAAACACUUCCGGCUUCAACACCAGCCUCGUCACCAGCAUCCAGAUCAACCAAGCUGAGGUUAGACCUGCAUUCCAAAUUCCCCCCAAACCAAAGGAGGAAAAACCACCAGCAAAGGAAGAAGAUGAUGAGAAACUGGAAGAGGAACACAUAAUCCCUGUUAAACCACAAAGUCCUCCCAAAGGAAGACGUGCAAGAUCUGUCCCCGAGGGCAAGAUCGUUGAGAUACUAGAAGCAAAGGAGCCUCUCUGGACAUGGCGCCGUGGUCUCUUCCCAGACAAGAUCCCUGCAGACUCGUCUGGAAGCGGUCCAGAGGCGAUAUCCGAGGAGGACAGCUCCGGAGACAGCUCGGAGGAAGAGGGGCGUGAUGAUGUCAUCGCCUGGAACCUGUUGGGAAUCUUCCAGCUGAGCGACCGUGUGGCCUGUGAUCCCGGAUCGAGCGCAUCGCUGAACCUUUGUGGUCUUGAGUGCAGCGCUCUCGUUGAUGAUGACAUCUCUGAUGACAUCGCUUGCUUGAAGAUUUUAGCGGGAAGCAGCAACAAGUUGUUGGCAAUGCUGCCGGUGAAGGAGUGUCGCUCUGUCCUUCCUUCCAAGUACUUCGCUGAGUGCUCCUAGAACAUCCAGGCGGAUGAAGCUUCUCCAUCUGAAGGCUGAAACAUCUUCACCACUCAACGGUGGAGCUGUUUUUCAAUCACAGGAGACUAAACACUUACAUUUUCGCACACUUAAAAACCCCAUGAUCUCAAAAUUGGACCCUUUGUUAAUGUAUAUCAGCUUUGACAUCAUUUAUAUGCUAAUGUACUCUAAACACUAAGAAAAUGAACUUUUGUGCAUUUGAAAUCUUCAUCUUGCUGAAGUAAGAAUGUUUUUGUACAAUAAAAUGCUUUAUAGAAUAAAAAUAUACCUUUCAAAGAAUACAUAAAAGUCUUGCUUAUAGCAAGAAAUAGCUUUUAGUAAAUCAUGAUUCAUGCCUGUGACAGACUCAAAGCAAAGAAACAAGAAGUUCUUUGGUCUUUAAGUUUUUAUCUUCUCAAGGUUAGAUGAGUUUAAUCUUGAGGCACGAUUGCAAUCUCAGUGCAAUCUUGCCAAUAUAUGAUUUAUUCUAGAUACUUUUUUUUCCAUAUCUAGCUCUUUGAGCUAAAUCAAAUCAGUUUUUGUUCACCUUGCAGAUGUCUCUUUGUACCCACCUGCACUAAUAUUCAGAAGUUUGUAGGUUAAGAUGUUUUUUUUUUCUUUUUUUAGCAAAAAAGGAUUAAAGGAUCACGUGACA